UGAUAAAGUAAUCGAUAGAGGAGCUUCAUCUCUCCUCUUCCUUCCUUCCACCUUCUCCCUCUACUUCUUUUCACCUGACAUACUUUCACUACUUCGUCCCUACCAUAUACGUCUCGAUCUUCAAGAGCAGCAGGAAGACAACGAUCAAUCGGCGUAAUCCAUGCGGACUAGAGCGCUGUUCUAGUCCUCUAGGACCCAUAACUUUGGACUUGGCUUUUCUUUUCUGUUCUUUAUCCCUGCAUCCACACCCAUUGUUCCUACAAGCAUGUUUGCUGCAAUCUUGCGUAGUAGUCCUAGGAACAAAACGGGUGGAAUCUUCUCCUUCCCCUUCCUAACAUCAUGGCUUGUGUUUUUGCUCGUCUUCUGGGGUUCACCAUUGGUCUCAGCUAAGUCGGCUGCCGAUUACUAUGUUCGUUCGUUACCAGGCGCCCCCGAGGGGCCUUUGUUGAAGAUGCAUGCUGGACAUAUUGAGGUGGAUCCACAGAGCAAUGGCAAUCUUUUCUUCUGGCAUUACCAGAAUCGUCACAUUGCUAACCGCCAACGGACUGUGAUUUGGUUAAACGGGGGCCCUGGGUGUAGCUCAAUGGACGGUGCGUUGAUGGAGGUUGGCCCGUAUCGAUUGAGAGACAACCAAACGUUGGAAUACAAUGAAGGGUCUUGGGAUGAGUUCGCCAACCUGCUUUUCGUGGAUCAACCCGUCGGAACUGGAUUUAGCUACGUCAAUACCGACAGUUAUCUCCAUGAGUUAGAUGAGAUGGCCGCCCACUUCGUUAUUUUUCUGGAGAAAUUCUUCGAACUUUUCCCGGAAUAUGAAGGCGAUGAUAUUUACCUUGCGGGCGAGUCCUACGCCGGUCAGCACAUACCGUAUAUUGCCAAAGCGAUCUUAGAUCGGAACAGAAACGCGGCAGGCCGCAGUACUCUUUGGAACCUUCGCGGUCUUGUGAUUGGUAACGGCUGGAUCUCUCCUGCGGAUCAAUACCCCUCUUACUUGACUUUCGCGUACGAAGAGGGCCUCAUCAAAGAAGACAGCCGGACCGCGAAGAGCCUCGAGGUAUUGCAAUCAGUCUGUCAGUCAAAGUUGGAGACAACCGGAAAAGAUCAAAUACAUAUUGGUGACUGCGAAUCAGUAUUACAGGAGCUUCUGUCAAAGACUCUGGAUUCUGACCAGAAAUGCUACAAUAUGUAUGAUAUUCGCCUCCGUGAUACAGCUCCAUCUUGUGGCAUGAACUGGCCUCUGGAUCUAAAGGACGUGAAGCCCUAUUUACGAAGGGCAGACGUUGUUAAAGCUUUAAAUGUCAAUCCUGAGAAGAAGUCAGGCUGGGAAGAGUGCUCGGGGGCUGUCAGUAGCUCUUUCCUUCCGAAAAAGUCUGUACCAGCUGUUCAAUUGCUUCCCAACCUUCUCGAAUCGGGGAUCUCAAUCCUUCUAUUUAACGGGGAUAAGGACCUCAUUUGCAAUCAUGUUGGAACCGAGCAACUUAUAAACAAUAUGAAAUGGGGUGGAGGGACCGGCUUCGAGACAUCACCGGGGGUCUGGGCCCCCCGACACGAUUGGACUUUCGAAGGCGAACCGGCGGGGAUUUAUCAACAUGCAAGGAACUUGACUUAUAUUCUCCUUUAUAAUUCUAGCCACAUGGCACCUUAUGAUCUCCCCCGCCAGACUCGGGAUAUGCUUGAUCGCUUCAUGAAGGUCGAUAUAGCAAAUAUCGGUGGCAGCCCUGCGGACUCGCGUAUCGAUGGCGAGAAACUACCCCAAACAUCGGUGGGUGGUCACCCAAACAGCACCGCAGCUGAAGAACAAGAGAGAGAAAGAAUGAAACAGGCGGAAUGGAAGGCCUAUGCCAAAUCUGGAGAGGCAGUUCUCGUGGUUGUCAUUAUCGGUGUUUCCGUCUGGGGCUUCUUUAUUUGGCGCAGCCGUCAACGUCACCGUAGGUAUCAAGGGAUCUACCACGAGGACGUGAUUGGGGGUUCCGUUCUGGAACGCUUUCAUAACAAACGUUCAGGGGCGGAUGUAGAGGCGGGGGACUUUGACGAGUCUGAGCUUGACAAUCUUCAUUCACCGGAUAUGGAGCAAGAGCAUUACACGGUGGGAGAGGACAGUGACGAAGACGAUGUCAACCGACAGCAUCAGCGAACAUCUAUCAACCCAAGCCAAGGGUAAUUGCACACAAGUCUUCAUUCUACAUGGUUGGUUUCUGUAUAUUCCUCUUCCCUCCCGCUACGUGCUAUUACCCUCAAAGUAUCUUCUGUUGCCAUAUAAGUUCGAUCAUGUUAAUAUCGUUAUUAGUUGGAUUGAAUAAGUAGGAUACAUAGACAUGAAUCGUUCUCGUUAGUACUAUUCAAA